CCAGCUCAUUCUAUGGUUCCAGUUUGUGUCACCGUUCCGCGCCGCCUGAUAGCUGCGAAAAGACGCUUCUACGUUCGCUUAAAAACCUCAAAACGCUGAAGCGAGCGCUAUGAGAUGCGUCGCCGUUGGCUGCCGUACAGGAAGAAGGAGUGGUUUGCGCAUCCAUUCAUUCCCGCGGGAUCCCAAGCGUAGGUUGGAAUGGGCCGUCAAAGUGAACAUUGCAGAGAAUGGCAAACUUUGGGUGCCACCCAAGGACUGCUCCUAUGGUGUCUGUGAGGCGCACUUCGAUGAGGACCAGUAUGAGCCGAGACGUACGGACCGCAAACUGAAGCCAUUUGCCGUGCCUACUCUGUUCAGCCACCGCAAAGUUCCAAAACGGCGCCGAAAGCUCGUACGAAGUCAACCCACGAGUACCAGUGUUACCACUACUGCUGCUGAGGUGAUUACUGUCGCCUCCACAGCCACAGGCCGCACAAAUGCUGCAACUGUUCCUACUGUUAUGGCACCCAAGGUUGCAUCAUCGGCGACCAAAACCCAGCCUUCUCUUCUGCGAUCAGCUUCCAACCAUUCCAGCUUGGCUGGGAAGGCACAGCGCACUCAAGUCACCCCAUCAUCCGUGAGCAAACUGUUGACACCACCCGUAAAUGCUGGGCCUGCCUUCACUGUGGCCACUUCAGAUGGCAACGUCAUCCUUGUUCCUGCCACUACACAUGGCAAACACCAUUACAUUGUCGGCGAUCCACCUGUUAUGAUGGAUAUGCGAACACCAUCUGUUUUGGCACAUACAGUUGUGCCCAAUGCCUGUAUGCCAAAUAACACCCCAGUGCUGCCUGCAGUUAACUGCCUUCCUAACGCUGGCCCCAUCAUUCUGGUUCCUGUGAGCAAACCGAAGAUGGUUCCUGUGCCCAACCCAGUGAAGAGCCCAAGUAGUCAGAUGCCAGUCAUCUUGUCGGUUGAAUCACUUGCACCUAAUGCCUCGCCUCCUGUCAGCAAGGCAUCAGGCAUGCCACCACUCUUGGCUAAGCCCACAAGCUAUGAAAAGCUCCAGGAAGAGGCAACGGCAUUGCGACAGCAGACCGACGAAUUGCGGCGUGAGGUGACCGAACUGUCUCGCCAGGCAGUGCGCGUCAAGGCAUCGCUGGCUCGCCAAUCGGAGCGGCUGAGCCGCUUCCUUCGGAUGGACCAAGUUGAGUGCCUGCAGAAGCUUGCCGGUGACAAGCCCACACGGUGGACUGAGCCAACUCUGCGUUUCGCACUCGAUAUCUACCGUUGCUCGCCCGAGGCAUAUCGCAAGUUACUAGUGGCCCACUAUCCAUUACCAAUGGAGACAGCUCUGAGGACAUUCUGCGUUGAGAAUGGGGUGCGUGAAGGUGUGCCUGCUGAGUUGUUGCAAAUGGACAUGCGUCUUGAAGAAAACGAGGAGGAGGAAAAUGGAAACGUGGACAUUGUAUGGCUGUGAAAUAGCCAUAGACUGCCAUGACAGGUUAGCCGCCACAGGGAGGUGAAUUCUCUUGUCAUAGGUGAAGUCACCGAGCAGGAAAGGUGGCAUAGAGUCGUGUUACUGUGCCCAGUUUCAUUUCAUAUUUUUAAAAAGCUAUAGUGGAUGAGGAAAGGAAUAGAAUUUGAUAUUGAUGUGGGUAUGUAUGAAGGCCCAUUCUGCAGCAUCGUGAUAAAUGGCUGUAUCACACAUUUUGAAGGACACGAUGUUCUGUGAUUUUUAACCUUGUAGAUGGAACGUAUGUAGAUUUAGUGGAAAACUAAAGACAUUUCAAUUGAGAAAACUUGUUGUGCAUUUAUGGAUCAAAGUCGCAUGGCAGGGUAUACAGUGAGAUGGUGCAAGUACUCAGCCUUUUGGUUGUUUAUGUGGUUGUACUAUUUGUAGUGUUGGUUGUCAGUAGAAGUAUUUCUGAAAGGAAAGCUUACCAUACUCGAAAUGCAAGAUUUCUUUUUAGUAGACAACUCCUGAGCCUAUCUGAAUGAAGUAGUAUUGGAAAUAUUCCAAAGGUAUGUUUCUUAAUACGGUAGACUCUUGUUUAAUGGAACCUGAAGGGACCAGAAAAAUGUGUUCCAUUCAAGCAGCAGUUCCGUUUACUACGAGAGUCUCCUGUAUAAACCUCCGAGGAGCAUGUGUGUGUGUGUGGAGAGAAAGGGUUACAGCCUAUAUUCUCGGCAGUGCUUACUGAUAGUUGACACUUUACAGUUUAUACACACGUGUUUCCUCAAUUCUCCAUGCUCAUGCAAAUGCAAUUCGGAAAAUAUUGCUGUAGCCUCAAGCCAUUUGUAAUAUGACAAAUAUAUACACUAUGAAUUACUUGCCAACAUAAAGCACAAAGAAGAGCAUGAGGAGAAGAUGAAACCAAUAAUUCCGACUUUUGAUCUUCUCAUGGCUGAGUAAGUGCCUAUUCUGUUCCCCUGUGGGCCUGUCUUUUUUUAUUUUAUACUUUGCCGUAUUUUACUGUAACGGAGAUUUUACAGUGCUGCCCGAUACAGUUAUCAGCAUUGAAUGUCUGAUGCCCAGUAGCCAAACAAGUUCUUUGUCACAAAAGGUGUGCCACACAAGUGUGUAAAAAAACUUAGAUACCUCAAAAAACUAAAUUUUACCGAAAAUAAUCACCGGGGAAUUUCUAUGGCUUUACCUUGGAUCAGAUCAUUUCAUAGCCCAUCCUUUUUUUGACUUUCAUCAUUGGCUUGGACAUUACCACCUUCAGCCACUCACUGCAGUGAGGACAAGGAAAGAAUACAGGGACCUCAAGGAAAAGCUUGUGAAUGUUCGCUGGACUGAAACAGCUAAAGUUGUAGCUUAUCACAAGCUGAAAGAAACAUCAGGUGUUCAAAUGAAAUUUCAACCUAUUUAUAUUUGUCGUGCUGCUCAUGUGCAUGCAAAUUUACUAGGCUUGUGCGAAUAGUAAAUUUUAGGUUCGAAGUGAUUUGGUCGAAGAAUUUCGAGUUGAGUUCGAAUAGUAUAUAUCGCAUAUUAUCAAGAAAAAUGAGCGUAUUUGUCGUGACCGAACUAACCUGCCCAAUAUUUUUUGAAAUUGAAGCCACGCAUGUGCAUAUGUCAUUCUUUUUGAAUCAAAAGGAAGUGGAAGCAAUUUUGAAUAAUUCAGUAGCAGGAUUUGACUUCGGUAGAAUGCAAAUGAUAACCUGUAAAAUACGAUAAUUGAUGGUAGCACAGGCAAAGGACAAAAGAAAGGCACACUAGACAUGGUGUGAUCCUUCUAGUAUAUAUAUAUAUAUAUAUACUAGCGGCAUCAGCGAGUAAUAAACCAGUUGUUGAAAGUUAGCGCUGUGUUGUCUAGUGUGCCUUUCUUUUGUCCUUUGCCUGCGCUACCAUCAAUUAUCAUGCAAUACGUACCAACAAGCCCACAUAUCAUCCCCACCUUCAUCGAGCUUAAAAUAGGUUACGUUUUAAAAUUUACUAUACUUAGAGCAUAUAAGCCGGUAUAACGAGCUUUUAAACUUUAAAAAUGAUGAAUUGAUGUGAGGUUAAUAUGUUCAUUUAACCUUGAAGUGGGGCUUCGCGGCAGUGCGGAUUUCCCCCAGGUUUUCACGGUAUAGCAGCGUUCCACUGCAGUGAAACCAUUUUUACAGGGGGUUACAUGUGGUCUAUGUGUCUGUUAGUUCACUUCAAAUACUUUGAAAUUUAGAAUAACUUAAAUUCAUUUUGAAGCAAAUUCAAAUGCUGUAAUAUUCGUUCGAAUAUUCUAAGUGCUCGAAUAUUCGCACAUGCCUAGAAUUUACGCUUAUUGAUGAUCUCGUGAAGAUUGCGGUAAUCCUUUGCUGGACUCAUGCUCUUAAGACUGCAGUGGUCAUGGAUUGAGUUACUGUGUGCAAGCUCUCAUGAAUCUUUUUCAGCACAACACUCUGCUGGGAAGCAAAGGACUUUCUUUAAGCACAUCAGUGCUUAUGUGCAAAACAUCCAGCUUUUUUUUGUUCAGAGACAUGCGCUUCCAUUUGACACUCAUGAUAAUGCGGUUGUAUGGCUAAGGGUGGAGCUGUGGCUGUGAUUCCGGUUGGCUUCAAAAAUAUGGAGGCAACCAACUGAGUUCAAGGCCAAUUGAGGCCUACUUUUUGUCACGGGGAAAUGAAGCACCGUUUAAUAUUGUGGCCUCUGUGAUUAGCUCUGAUGGCAGAGCUGAUUGCGAAGGCCGCAGUAAAACUAUACUACAAAAGGUGUACUUGUACUUGUUGAGGUGAUGAACAUGACCUGGGAGGCACUGGAUGGUGCCACUGAAUAUGCUCGUAGAACUGAAAUGUGCUUUACACUGAAUUUCGUUAAAGUGAAGUAAGUUAGCAUUGGGUUCAAUGGUGCUUCUGUGGGGGGAUUUCAAAAAAGUUGGUAUAACUGAAUAGUUCGUUGGACUAAUGUUUGUUCAAGUGGUAUUUAUCUGUAUACAGUGAAACCUCGGUGAUACGAUCACAGCUCAUACGAAUUUCGGGGUAAUACAAAUUUUUCAUUGGUCCCAGCCAAGGCCCAUUGGCCUGCAAUGUAAUGGAGUACGGUUGUUGCGAACCGAUUUUCACCCAGCAACGUUUGAUACGAACGUACACUACCGCCCAGGCACGAAGAGGUGCUGUCACGGAAGACGCGCCAAGCACGUGCGAGCGCAGGAACGCAAGCGUGGGCAUGCGCGCCGCAACGCCAAAUCGCCAGAAUCACGGUGUAAGAAAAACACCUUUCUUACGGUCACAAUAAACCUACAGAGACGCAUCACGGCCUCUGAGAUUGUGUGCGCGAAUCUUUGAUGCUCUUAUGUGCUUCCAUGUGCCUUCGCGUUUAGAUUACAGAGGACAUUAGCGUCAUGCUUUUUUUUUUCUAAUGCGUCGACGCGGGCUGCUCUCGUCGUACUGUGUUUACAAGUGCCUGCCUCGUGCAUCAGACAUCCUAUGAAAGGUGGACGAGGACCGAAAGAAGGCGAGGACAGUCUUGGCGAAGGAGUCAGGCCUCCUAAUGUCAACAUGUGCGGCCGUUGCUGUCGCACUUGUGCGGUCACGGCCGUAAAUCUCCCAAAAAACAUCCCCAACGCCUCCGCGAUAACAAAAUCAUAACACAGGACCGUGGUUUUGUAAUAUUGUGGCUUUGAUCCAUCGCGUCAAAUCGCUUCUUUCGUUACUUUCGCUGCAGUACUUCGGUGUCGUGCAAAAAAGCAUACUAAAAUUUGGAAAGGGCUACUGCUGUCGCGGGUCACAACGCACCUGGUUCAUUGAUUACAUACGAGCGUACGGGUCGUGUAUUUACGAGUGCUGGUAUGAUUGCCGACAUCUAAAAACUUAACUGACAAUCAUUUAGGGUUCUUCCUGGCGUUGCUGCGGCUCUGAAAAACAAUAAAUGAAAAUGUACGCCAGUGUUGUCGCAUGCUAAUUUCCCAUGCUUUCUGGUGAUAUGAAUAUUUUUGGUGGUCCUGUGAGAUUUGUAUCACCAAGGUUUCAUUGUAUAAAGUUAAAUAAAUCAUCAGAGGAUGCAACCACUCCUCAACGUUUAGCUGCCACGUAAAGUCAAGGCAGUGGACGACUGUGUUACCACAUGUUCAUUGUAGGCUGUGGUUUGCCGUGACUGCAACAUGACAGUGAUGAUGGUUUAUGGCUUGGCACCGACAGCCUAGUGUCUGUAAAACAGUUUGACCUGCAAAAUACUAAAGGGCAUUGAGCUUGUGUGUGAUUGCUCUUAGGAUGAAACACUAUUAUAUAAUAUAAGAUAUUCAUACACUUCAGCCAACGUGAAAAGGGAAGCGGUGCUGAACAUACUUCAGGAUAUUGCAGGCCAUUUGAUCCUACCAGAAGAGGCACGUUUCCAGUAUGUAGGGUAUACAGAAAUCGUAGAAAUGUACAUUAUACAACAAACAUAUUCAGUCACAAAUUUACAUUAACUGCAAAAAAAUACAGUAGAACUACGCCCUUUUGAAAAACCACAAUGUGAUCAUGAGCCAUGAUAAACUCAAUAGGUAAUUAUAGAUCAAGGGAGCAUUUCAGUUGCAAUAGGAUAGGCUCAGCAUCAAACGUGGCAAUGCACGACAGCUGUAAUACUUGUUGGGCUGGUCAGUGCAUGCUUCAAAAAAUUAGAAGACUCAAACCGCCAAGAAAAGACAGGCAAAAGGAAAGAGGGUCACUCGCAGCUAACUUUAUUCUUGAAAGACAAUCGCAAUAUAUACGCCAAGCCACACAUGCGUAACAACAUCGCAUCAAUCAUCACAUCACAACAAUCGGCCACUCUCAUUCCAAGUGCUAGUUCAAGAAACUUUCAAAAAAUUCUAACCCAGCUGAUCGCAGCACAACCGAAGUAUUGCUAAUACAGAUAUCUUUUUUUCUUCUCAUGUAGUAUGCUUCUAGCAUCUCUCGUUGGUCGUUGCACCUCCUUGCUUCUAGCAAGAAUGGUGAUAUAUUGGCAAAUCUUGCCUCUUAUCUACACACGCUGCAAUGCACAGGCAAGUGUGCUGAAACAUUGUUCUUGAUCGAAAGAUCACGUUCCCUCGCUCGGCUGGCCGAUGUAAACCUUUCCACAGGAAAGCGAAAUUUCAUAGAUCACUCCCAGCGCACAGGUGACGUUGGGCCUCCCAAGCUUCUUACUACGCAGGGCAGGCACAGGUCUUCUUGAAGUCUGUGGGCACAGGCCCGACAGCUUCCUUGGUGCAGAAAACACUACAGGUACUUUGUACCUAUUAGCCACCUUUUUAAGGUUGUGUGCAACCUUAUGGGCAUACGGGACAACUACUGGUCUUUUUCGAACCACUGACGUUCCUUCUUUUUCCCUUUAAAUUUUUGAAGCAGGGAUUCAACCACUGCCGCAACGACCGAGCAAGGAUAUCCAGCUGAAUAUAGCUGGCUGACCUGGUUGCCAAAGCUUGUACAUAAUUGAGCUUGUACAUAAUUGACACUCUUUCCUUUCGCCUCUCUUUUCUUGGUGGUUUGCGUCUUCUAACAGCUGAUACCAUGUAAUUUUGUUGCAUUAAUGGAGGAAGGGAAGAGUAGUAGCGUAAAUUGACAAAGCAUAUUUGUAGAUUUUAACAAUAAAAAAGAUGCACAGCCUAAGGAACAAAGCAGCGCAAAUACUAAGCAUGGAAGAGCUCUUCAAGCCAAUAACCCUUUGCAACAUAUGUUAUAAUCAACUGUCUAUAAAUGUGUGAAAUUUACAUAAUUUGGUGCCAAGGUUCUGGAGAUAAAAUUUGUAGCAAGUGGAAGUUUAGAAUACAUUAGUGUAUUUUACAGCAAUUAACUGUCAUUACAAAGUAAAUAAUUAAAGGGUAGUUUGUGCUUUCACAGAGCAAAGGCUGCCUUGAAGUGACAGGGUGCACGGUCACUUCGCUGGAUGUAGCAGCCGCGUUUCCGAAAGCAGCGUGCUGCUCAAACACGAUAAAGUAACAACUGUAGCAGUUGUUCGCGCUCGUCCUGAGUAUACUUGGGCGUUUGUUUCGUGCGUCCUUCUUUGUGUUUGACGGUGCUGUAGCUGCCGAACACCACUAGACAUUGUACAAGCUCUCAUAUAUCACUGCACAAUAAACGCUCUACUACCUCUCUGAA